AUGGUGAACUUCACUGCUGAGGAAAAGGCUCUGGUCAAUGGCCUGUGGAGUAAGGUGAACGUGGAAGAUAUUGGUGGUGAAGCUCUGGGACGGCUUCUCGUUGUAUACCCAUGGACUCAGAGGUUCUUUGACAGCUUUGGGAACUUGUCCUCUGCCUCUGCCAUAAUGGGCAACCCGAGGGUCAAAGCCCAUGGCAAGAAGGUGUUGACUUCUCUUGGAGAAGCCAUUAAGAACCUAGACAACCUCAAGUCUGCCUUGGCUAAACUCAGCGAACUUCACUGUGACAAGCUACAUGUGGAUCCUGAGAACUUCAAGCUCCUGGGUAACGUGCUGGUGAUCGUUUUGGCCAGUCACUUUGGCAAGGAAUUCACGCCCGAGGUGCAGGCUGCCUGGCAGAAGGUGGUGGCUGGGGUGGCCAAUGCUCUGUCCCACAAGUAUCACUGA